AUGAAAUUCUUAAUUGUUUUAUUCGCUGCUGUCGCCGUUGCAUCUGCCGGAGGAGCUGGAUGGGAACAACAACAACAACAAGCCCAAGGUCAAGUUUACCAAGUUAAAGUACAAAGCGGAGGACAUUCUGCUCCCGCAGCUGCUCCUGCUCCUCCUCCACAAGUUAUUCGUGUCAUUACUGAACAAGCUCCUGCUCCCGCUCCAGCUCCUGCUCCUGCCCAAGAAGCUCAAGUUUUCAAGGUUAAAGUUCAAGGACAAGCUCAACAACAUCAAGCUGCUGCUCCAGCUCCCGCUCCUCAAGUUAUCCGCGUCAUUACUGAACAAGCUCCUGCUCCUGCUCCAGCUCCAGCUUCUCACGGAAGCUCAGGACAAGUUUACAAAAUCAAGGUCCAACAAGCUGCUCCAGCUGCUCAACAAGGAUGGUAA